AUGUCACCUAAAACAUUAUACGACAAAGUGUUUGAAGACCAUAUUGUCCACAAGGACGACUCUGGUUCUUAUUUAUUAUACAUUGACAGACAUUUAGUCCAUGAAGUCACCUCACCUCAAGCGUUUGAAGGUUUGAAGAAUGCUGGUAGAAAAGUCAGAAGAACUGAUUGUACAUUAGCCACUGUUGAUCACAACAUCCCUACAAUUUCUCGUGCCAAUUUCAAAAAUGUCGAAACUUUUAUAGAUCAAGAUGACUCCAGAUUACAAGUGCUGACUUUAGAAGCCAACGUUAAGGAAUUUGAUGUCACUUAUUUCGGAAUGUCCGAUGAUCGUCAAGGUAUUGUCCAUGUUGUCGGUCCAGAGCAAGGUUUCACUUUGCCAGGAACCACGGUUGUCUGUGGUGACUCCCACACUUCCACCCAUGGUGCCUUUGGUUCCUUGGCCUUUGGUAUUGGUACUUCUGAAGUUGAACAUGUCUUGGCUACCCAAACCAUCAUCCAAGCUAAGUCCAAGAACAUGAGAAUCUUGGUCAAUGGUGACUUGGCCCCUGGUAUAACUUCCAAGGACUUGGUGCUUCAUGUGAUUGGUGUUAUUGGUACUGCUGGUGGUACCGGUUGUGUCAUUGAAUUUGCCGGUAAGGCCAUCGAAAGCUUGUCCAUGGAAGCAAGAAUGUCCAUUUGUAAUAUGGCCAUUGAAGCCGGUGCUCGUGCCGGUAUGAUCAAGCCUGAUCAAAUCACAUUUGAUUACAUCAAGGGCAGACCAUUAGCUCCUAAGGGUGAACAAUGGGACAAGGCCUUGGCUUACUGGAAGACUUUACACUCGGAUGAAGGGGCCAAGUUCGAUUACGACAUCAAGAUCAAUGCUGCUGAUAUUGUUCCUACUAUAACCUGGGGUAACUCUCCUCAAGAUGCUUUACCAAUCACCGCUAAAGUUCCUGAUCCAGCAAAUGUCACCGAUCCAAUCAAGAAGGCCGGUAUGGAAAGAGCUUUGCAAUACCAAGGAUUAACUCCAAAUACCCCAUUGCAAGAAAUCAAGAUUGACAAGGCCUUUAUUGGGUCAUGUACCAACUCGCGUAUUGAAGAUUUACGUGAAGCCGCUAAGGUUGCCAAGGGCCACAAGAAGGCCGAUAAUGUCAAGUUGGUUUUAGUUGUGCCCGGUUCUGGUUUAAUCAAGGCACAAGCUGAACGUGAAGGGUUGGACAAGAUUUUCGAAGCUGCUGGGUUCUCAUGGAGAGAAGCCGGGUGCAGUAUGUGUUUAGGUAUGAACCCAGAUAUCUUGGACCCUGAAGAAAGAUGUGCCUCUACUUCCAACAGAAACUUUGAAGGUCGUCAAGGUGCUCGUUCCAGAACCCACUUAAUGUCCCCAGCCAUGGCUGCUGCCGCUGCCAUCAAAGGUCAUUUCACUGAUAUCCGUGAAUUCGACUAUGUCAAUCAUGAUGAACCUGCUGUCCACAUUGAACAAGAACAAGAAGACAAGGAAUUACAAGAUGCUGUGUAUGAGCAUGAAAAAGAGUAUAUUGAAGAAACUCCAGGUAUUGAAAACGACCGUCUCAAUGACAUUCCAAAGCCUACUACUCAAUCUGCUGGUGUUUCUGGUGCCGUUGACAAGUUUACUGUAUUGACCGGUAUAACUGCAGUUCUUGACAAGGCCAAUGUUGACACUGAUGCCAUUAUCCCUAAGCAAUUCUUAAAGACAAUCAAGAGAACUGGGUUAAAGGCUGGUUUAUUCUAUGAAUGGAGAUUCAACCAAGAUCCAGUCACUGGUAAGGACAUUGCCACUGAUUUCGUUCUUAAUGUUGACCCAUACACUCAUGCUGAAGUCUUAUUAGUUACUGGUGAUAACUUCGGUUGUGGUUCUUCUAGAGAACAUGCUCCAUGGGCAUUAAAGGAUUUUGGUAUUAAGUGUAUCAUUGCUCCUUCGUUUGGAGAUAUUUUCUACAACAACUCCUUCAAGAACUUCUUGUUACCAAUUAGAAUCCCACAAGAAGUUAUUCUUGAAAAAUUGGUUCCUGUCGUUAAGCAAGGACACAAGUUGACCAUCGACUUGCCAAGCCAACAAAUUAAAGAUGGUGAAACUGGAGAAGUUAUAAUCGACAACUUUGAUGUUGAAGAAUUCAGAAAGCAUUGUUUAGUUAAUGGGUUGGAUGAUAUCGGAUUGACUUUACAAAAAGAAGAGUUCAUUGUCAAGUAUGAAGAGAAGAGAAGAGAAAAGUUUUCCUUCUUGGAAGGUGGCUCUAAAUUAAUCAAGCCAAUUAAAGGUACCAAAAAGAGUCCAUACGGUAACAAAGCUCAAGAAUGGUAA